CGGGGCGGUGGAGGCGGGGUCUGGGGGCCUCCGUCGUCCUAUCAGAAGGAGCGAUUCCCGUCGUGGGCGGCGCCGGGUUUGGUUUUAAGCUCGGAGCGGCUCGCCUCGAGGACAGGACGGGCAGAAUCGCGAAAUGGCGGAAAGCUCAGUGAUGGAGGUGGCGUGCAGCGCUGCGGAGAGCUCUGUGAAGCCUCAAGCGGAGGAGAUGACGUCGAAGGAUUAUUACUUCGACUCGUACGCGCACUUUGGCAUCCACGAGGAGAUGCUGAAGGACGAGGUCCGGACGCUGACCUACAGGAACUCCAUGUUCCACAACAAGCAUCUGUUCAAGGACAAGGUGGUCCUGGACGUGGGCAGCGGGACGGGGAUCCUGUGCAUGUUCGCUGCCAAAGCGGGAGCCAAGAAAGUGAUUGGGAUCGAGUGUUCCAGUAUUUCUGACUACGCUGUGAAAAUCGUCAAGGCCAACAAACUGGAUCACAUCGUGUCUAUAAUCAAGGGGAAGGUGGAGGAGGUCACUCUGCCGGUGGAGAAGGUGGAUAUCAUCAUCUCCGAGUGGAUGGGAUACUGUCUGUUCUACGAGUCCAUGCUCAACACUGUCAUCUACGCCCGGGACAAGUGGCUGAAACCAGAUGGUCUGAUUUUCCCCGACAGAGCGACUCUGUACGUGACGGCCAUCGAAGACCGACAAUACAAAGAGUACAAAAUCCACUGGUGGGAGAAUGUCUACGGGUUUGACAUGUCUUGUAUUAAAGAGGUUGCCAUCAAGGAGCCGCUGGUGGAUGUCGUGGACCCCAAGCAGCUGGUGUCGAGCGCCUGUCUGAUCAAGGAAGUUGAUAUCUACACAGUGAAGAUUGAGGAUCUCUCCUUCUCCUCUCCGUUCUGCCUGCAAGUGAAGAGGAAUGACUACACCCACGCGCUGGUCACGUACUUCAACAUCGAGUUCACUCGCUGUCACAAGAGAACGGGCUUCUCAACCAGUCCCGAGUCUCCCUACACUCACUGGAAGCAGACUGUGUUCUACCUGGAUGAUUACCUGACUGUGAAGACUGGAGAGGAGAUCCUGGGAACCAUCUCCAUGAAGCCCAACGCCAAGAACAACCGUGAUCUUGACUUCUCCGUUGAUAUUGACUUCAAAGGGCAGCUCUGUGAGAUUUCCAAGACCUGCGAGUACAGAAUGCGCUAGAAACAGAUUCACCCGUCAAUCCAACAUUACCAGCGAGUCCCGGCUGCAUUUCCCCCCCCCCCCCCCCCUCUCCCCCCCGCGGGUCUCCACAGCAACGCCACCGCCUCCUCCUGUCACCACGGCAACCGUCCCGCCCACUUCAGGAGGCAACUGCUUCCUGCGUCCUUGUUCUGCCCUAUUGGUGUGUUUUACUUCCUGUGUUGUGAGUUUCCACGGAAACGGAAUGCUUCUCCUGACCUUUCCGUUUUUAUAACGGAGGUGUUAUUAUGGUCUGUAAUUUAGUUUUUUGUGUGUUUUGAGAUUCUAUUAAAGGAGACGGCAGUUUCAGGUUUCUGGGGGAGGGAUUUGCAUUUAAAUUACAAUGGGAUGUUUUUCAAGGAACUGAAGAAGGAACAUUUUUAUUUAAUUUGUUGCUGCUUUAUUCAUGUUUUGGGAUUUUUGUUUUUCAUUUUUAAAAAAAUAAAGAAUUUAGUCUGA